GAGUAGAGCCUUUUAGGACGGCCGUGCCGGGCGCCUGAGCUUGUUCUGUCACCUUCUGCUGCCUCCUCGGCGCCGUCAUGGGCUUUGGGGACUUGAAAUCGGCCGCGGGGCUUCAGCUGCUCAACACCUUCUUAGCGGAUAGGAGCUACAUCGAGGGGUAUGUCCCAUCCCAGGCAGAUGUUGCAGUAUUUGAAGCUGUUGGUGCUCCCCCUCCUGCAGAGCUCUACCAUGCACUCCGAUGGUACAACCACAUUAAGUCUUACGAGAAGCAGAAGGCAGGUCUGCCUGGUGUGAAGAAGGCUUUGGGAAAAUACGGCCCUGCAGAUGUUGAAGACACAACGGGUGCAGUUGGAAAUAGUAAAGAUGAUGAUGACAUCGAUCUAUUUGGCUCUGAUGAAGAAGAGGAAAGUGAAGAAGCAAAAAGAUUAAGGGAGGAACGGCUUGCUCAGUAUGAAUCCAAGAAAGCCAAAAAGCCGGCUCUUGUUGCCAAGUCCUCCAUUUUAUUGGAUGUGAAGCCCUGGGAUGAUGAGACAGACAUGGCCAAACUGGAGGAGUGUGUCAGAAGCAUUCAGGCUGAUGGCCUGGUUUGGGGCUCUUCCAAACUGGUUCCAGUUGGCUAUGGAAUCAAGAAGCUUCAAAUUCAGUGUGUAGUAGAAGAUGAUAAAGUUGGAACUGAUCUCUUAGAAGAGAAGAUCACUGCGUUUGAAGAUUAUGUACAGUCAAUGGAUGUGGCUGCUUUCAAUAAAAUCUAAAUCCGGAUAACAUCAAGAAUAAAACUGUUAACAGAG